AUGUACAAGAACCAGCUUCAAGAGCUGGCCCAACGGAGCUGCUUUAAUCUGCCUUCCUACAUGUCUAUUCGGGAAGGUCCCGAUCACGCGCCAAGGUUCAAGGCCACCAUCAAAUUUAACGGCGAGAUCUUCGAGACCCCUCACUACUGCUCCACUCUCCGUCAGGCCGAACACUCCGCCGCUGAAGUCCCUCUCAAUUCCCUCUCCCACCGUGGCCCCUCCCAUUCCCUCGCCACUAAGAUCCUCGAUGAGACUGGAGUGUACAAGAACCUUCUACAGGAAAUUGCGCAAAGGGUAGGAGCUCCAUUGCCUCAUUACAUAACGUACAGGUCAGGCUUAGGACAUUUACCUAUUUUUAUCAGGAUAGUAGAACUGACUGGAAUCACGUUUACUGGUGAACCUGCCAAGAAUAAGAAACAAGCUGAGAAAAAUGCAGCUAUGGCAGCUUGGUCCGCUUUAAAACGAUGUAAGUGGCUGCCAAAGUUUGGACUGUGA